CGAAAUUCAAAUGUCAAAAAUUGCACGAUGAUAACAAAAUACAAAAUAAUUCAUCGCAAAUAAUAAAAAAAAAAGCCAAAAUAUUAAUAAAAAGAAAUUGUUUAAAAUUUUUUAACCUGCCAGUAGACUCCCAAAAUUAAAAAAGUCUUCUAACAAUUAAAAUUUAGAUCACUAACAAAAUACCUACUGGUUCUUCCAGCUUUCAUAAAACAAACAACGUUUCAAUCUGAAGAUUCAACUCAAAUCUUCAUUAAAACCUGCAAAUUCUUGAGACUAUUCGCUUUAAUUCCAAUCCAGAAACAUGUCUGUUGAAGAACUAAAUGGUUCCGAACUAGGAACCAAAGAAUAUUGGGAAAAAAGCUACCAGCGAGAAAUUAAAAAUUACAAAAGUCACGGUGAUGUCGGCGAAAUUUGGUUCGAUGAAGAUUCCCAAAUACGAGUCGUCAAUUGGAUAAUGAAGCGAGAUGACAUCGCUGAUGAUGCAAAAUUUAUUGAUUUGGGAUGUGGCAAUGGAAUGAUAUUAGUUGAGCUUGCAAAUGAAGGUUACACAAAUCUGUUAGGGGUCGACUAUUCACCAAAAGCUGUUGAACUAGCAUCGAAUAUUGCCAAAGAUCAAAAACUCGAUAUCAAAUACCAAGUUCUUGAUUUGUUAGAUGCCAAUGAGUGCCAAAAGUUAGGAAUAUUCAAUGUUGUUCAUGAUAAAGGAACUUAUGAUGCAAUAAGUUUGAAUCCAGAUAACCCAAAAGAAAAACGAGAAUUAUAUUUAGAUUGCGUCAAAGGAAUGAUGGAUGAGAACAGUUUCUUUGUUAUAACUUCCUGCAAUUGGACUGAUGAGGAAUUAAUUUUAAGUUUUAACGAGAAGUUUGAUAAAUUCUGUACAAUACCAACGCCAACUUUUAAAUUUGGUGGAAAAGUUGGUAGUGUGAUCACUUCAAUGGUUUUUAAAAAGAAGACCUUACCAAGUUAGAUAAUGAACUUUAUUGUAACUGAAUAAAAAAAACUCCUCUACUUAUUUUUUUUGUAAAAAUAAAGUCUUUUUUUU